AUGAUCAGGAGCGAAGAUCAAGCAGCCGCAUACGUCACGCCAGUUCGCAGUCCGUGGGACGGCGACCUCGUUCAGCAGUUUCGAACAUGGGGUUACCGAGAGAUUGAGAACCACCGUAGCGAGUUGUGCGACUUCGGUCCUGACCAGCACAACCUCAAGCGCGCUUUCACCGAACUGGGGAUCGAGACUGCAUCGUCAGUUGAUGGAGGUCCCAACCACUGUUACUACGUCGAACACAAAUAUGGACCUACAGUACAGCGCCCUCCAAAUGGGCAAUGGCCGGACCCGAACCAGCAGUACUACAUGGUCAGCAACAAGCGGUACCGGGAAACUCAAGCCUACAGCACAAUCGGCAUCAACCCUGACGCCGGCACAGUGUACUUCCUCAACCGCCUCUCGCCCGCCAAAGCCGCCCUCGAGAACUGGGGCAAUCCAGAGGUCCGUAAAGAGUGGCUGCCGGCACUCGCUUCAAGCUCAGACCAUGCUUGGGGCUUUUGGAAUCGCGUGAAUGCUGGCAACUUGGGCGGCAUCAAGAAGAUCUUCUCCUGCAUGAUCACGAAUGAGAUCACUCUUGCUCUGAUAAACGAGGCGCUGAGGACGUACCCACUGAGUCCGGGAGAGGAACGCCCGAAUGGGGUGCAGAAGUGGCCGGGGACUACAUUUCCGAUGCGGUAUGAUGCCGCUCAAGCUCUUUUUGGCUCACCCAAUGGGUUGGGUGUCGGAUAUUUUCUUGCGCAACACAAGCAUCGCUUGGGUAAUAAGUCAGUUGAGAAGAUCACGGUAUUCCGUCCGGACAAGGGCAUGAUGCCGUACCUACUCUUCUGGAUCGAAGAUGCUCCGUUGGCUACUUGA